AUGAGGUUGUUCCUGAGUGUCCUGCUGGUCAUUCUGGCUCUUUACUGCUAUGAGGCCAAUGCGUUUGCCUGUCCAGCCUUAGUAGAUGAUUUGUUGAGCUUUCUCCUUCAACCUGCAGCCAUCUACAAGAAAACAGUUAGGAAAUUUAACGCAUCUCAAGAAGUCAUUGAGGCCAAGUUGGAAGUGAAGUCCUGCACAGAUAAAAUAUUCCUUGGGAAUAGAAUACUAAUUGCAAACACAUUGGUGGUGGAGUUAUCUUCCUCCUUGCUCACCACUGAUAGGAUGAAAGGUGGCCACAGGGUGGAUGACAUUACACCUGGGGAGCUACACUAA